GGAGUUUAUCAGAAGGACUCUCUGUGCUUACUGGAGGCAAAACGUCAGUGACAGCACAUGAUGGCAGACUGGACUGUGUGGAUACUCCUGAUUUGUGCUGUCCUCACUGGGCAAGGGUCAAAGGCUCAGGAUUGUGGGAUGGCACCUCUCAACACAAGGAUAGUGGGCGGUGAGAACGCCACAGCUGGAUCAUGGCCCUGGCAGGUCAGCUUGCACUUAAAUCCUCGCGGGUCUCACAUCUGUGGAGGGACCCUCAUCAGUGACCAGUGGGUGCUCACUGCAGCCCACUGUAUCGUAACAAACUCAACUGGUAAUUGGACUCUCUACUUUGGACGAGAGACUCAGUCUGGCCCUAAUGUUCAUGAGGUGAACAGCACUAUUUCCCAGAUUAUCGUCCAUCCUGACUACAACAACGUGCUGUUCAACAACGACAUCGCCCUGUUGAAGCUCAGCAGCCCUCUCAAUUUCACUGACUACAUCAGACCUGUCUGCUUGGCAAGUAACUCCAGCCAGUUUCAUAACUCCACCCCCUGCUGGGCCACUGGCUGGGGCAGACUAGGAGGGGAUGCACCCUUUGAAGCCUUUGACUCACUGCAGGAGGUUGAGGUUCCUCUCAUGGGAGAAAAUCAGUGCAGUUGCCUCUUCCUACCAGUACCAUUUGUAAACAUCACUGACGCAAUGAUUUGUGCAGGGAAAAAAAACAAAGGAGUGUGUCAUGGAGACUCUGGUGGACCUCUGCAAUGCAAACAAGGCUCUCAGUGGCUCCAGGCUGGCAUUACCAGUUUUGGAGAACCGUGUGCCCUGGGUAAUUUUCCUGAUGUCUAUGCCAGAGUCUCUGAAUUCCAGGCUUGGAUCAUGGAACAAGGGGCGGGGUCAAAUGUUAGCUUUGUGACAUUCAACUCCAGUGGCACCGACCAAGACGACAGCUUUGUGUGUCGCAGCUCAAAUGCAGCCACAGCAGCUCCAAAUGCGACAGCCACAGCAGCUCCAAAUGCGACAGCCACAGCAGCUCCAACUAACGCUUCCACAGCAUCAACUGUUCCAACUGAGCUUACAUUCAUUGUCAUCUUAGUGACAGUGUUCCUGCAGCACAUAGCAGCUCCAUAGCAGUUUUGCAGUGUUUUCUAAAUUUCUUCUUCCUCCAUUGGGUUAUGUUUGUCUUUUAAAUAAUUGUACAAAGCAUACACCUAUGUCUAACAUCAUGAUAACUGUAAUCGAGUUUAUGUGGUGAAAGUCUUGCCACACUGUUGUUUUGGAGCAUAAGUUUGUCUUUGUUGAAACAUAUUUUGCAUUGCACUUAAUUUUUUUUAUUGGCUCAUUCUAAUGUAACACAAACUUCAUCAUCUCAGCCCCAUGUCGGCCUGGAGGGGAUCAUGUGUUUCGUAUGUGUUUGUGUGUUCCUGUUAUCUGCAGCUAAUCUCACAAACUACUGGACUAA